AUGAAAAUUUCCAACAUCGACUGCCAGGUUCGGUCGGAUGGCAUCACUCUCCGCGAGUAUGACACCGAGUAUCCGGGGGAAUAUACAGGGAAGAGUUAUAUCGUCUCCCAGGAGAAACAGAUGUUCUCUAUUCAUGUCAGUGAUGAAGGACAGCAGGCACGACAAGGAACUUGCGACCUCGACGUCGAUGUGGUCAUCGAUGGGCACCUGAAGGUGUAUACGAUUUUGGCCCGAGACGGAGAUGACGAGAUUGCCAUUGAAGGGCUCACUACUGCUGCGUGCGAGCUUCGUCCCUUCCUGUUCUCUAACAUAAGGUUCCUAGGUGCGUCGAAGACAAGACCAUAA